CAGCAUAAUAGCAUUCCAAGUGGAAUAGUAACAGCAUUUUAAACAUCAUGGCAACGUAAAGUCUUGAAACUAGUUUUUUUUUUUCCCCAACAAAAAGCCUUUUUUUUUUCUCAAACAAAAUUAUAAUGAUAAAAAUUUGUAGUCUACCAGAAGGAUUUAAAGAAGCUCUUUCCAAAUUUGACUCGCCAUUUGACAAAGAAUCAGUAGUGGACGAUGACAAAGAACUUUGGUUGAUUCGUAUCCCAGACAAUUUGACAGAAGAAGACGUGGCCAACAUGGCCAUUCACUUGCCUGCAGACACAACAAAAGCUUCAAAAAAACCACUGUGUCAAUUUCAAAAAUCCAGCAAUAAAUAUGCUUUGUAUACAGUGCCAACAGAAGAUACCGCAUCAGACAUGCCAAAAGAAGAUGAAGCAGCAUCCAACGAAGAAACGCAGGAUUUAGGUAUCAGUGGUCAUGAAAUGCUAUCCUUUGAUUGUUUACUACCCUCUAGAGAAGAGAAUGGCAGAUUCGUAUUUGCGCCCAAGACAUUUGAUAAAUACCUCAUUUUGAAUCAAGAAGUAGACAUUCCUGAUACAACCAUCUUGGCUCAGUCUAUUCUCGAAAAACCUGUUUACAAGAGAGAACAACCUGAAGGACUCAAGAUGAGAUAUAAACCCUAUGGAUAUUACUCAGGUGAGCCAAUCACAGCAGCUGAUAAAAUGGAGACAAGUGAUAAUGAAGAGCCUAAAUCAGAAGAAACAACAGAGGCAGGCCAAAAGAGACAAAUAGACGAAGAACAACCCAAUGAUAAAGCAGCCAAGAAAGCAAAGAAAGAGAAAAAGGACAAAAAAGACAAAAAGAAGAAGGAUAAGAAAGAAAAGAAAUAAAAACUGUACCUGCGACAAUCGAGCAUUGCCAAGUGCUCAAUCAUGCAUUUUUCUUUUUUUUUUAAUGAAAUGGGCUGUUUUUUGUGUACGUCAUCUCCUGCUUUCAUUGGAUAAAGUAAAAACGCAGUUUCGUUGAGCAG